AUGAAAAGAAAAUACAAAAAACAAAACGCCUGCUCUACUGCUGCUUUUCAGGAAAAUGCCCCCAUCGUCAUGGACAACGGCAGCGGCUACUCCAAGUACGGUUUCGCCUCAGCGGACAAGCCGACAUCCAUUCACAGGACUAUAGUCGGGAUCCCCAUGGCUCAAAUCCACGUGAAAGCGGCGGCGCUGGGGUACUGUAUGGGCAAUGACGUCUUUCAGGUGCAAAACCUGACCCAAAAAAAGCCAAUUCGACACGGCAUAGUGGUGGACUGGGACGCAAUGGAGAGGCUUUGGCACCAUAUUUUUUACAACGAACUCAGAGUGGCGCCUGACGACCACCCAAUUAUGCUGACAGACGCCCCGUUCUCGCCCACCACCAACCGUGAAAAGGCCACGGAGAUACUGUUUGAGGCGUUUGGGGCGCCGGCUCUGCAUAUGGCCACCACCGCACUGUUGUCUUUGUACUCGUGCGGCAUGACCUCAGGGCUCGUAAUCGGGAGCGGGGCAGGGGUAUCUUACACUUGCCCCAUUCAGGAAGGGUACAUUCUGCCCCACGCUACGUCACGGCUCGAUAUCUCAGGGAGGUCGCUGACAAAUCACCUCUUGAAGCUUUUGGCUGAGUGUGGCAGAACGUUCACUUAUCAGGAGAGAAGGACCGUGCGGCACAUCAAAGAGAGGGUCUCCUGCUCUUCUGCGCUUGUGUAUGACUACAGAAAGGAACUCUUAUCUGAAGUCCGCAACUUCGCGAUGGACUACCGCCUCCCUGACGGUGAGGUGAUCACUCUUGGCAGAGAGCGGUUCCGUGCUCCGGAGAUCAUGUUCACUCCCAGCAUCCUCGGCUACAAGAGCCCGGGCAUCUGUGGUGGAAUUUUCUGCAUACAACCGAGCAGGCACCGGUCCCGUGCCGAGGGAAUGAUUGAGACAGAGACAACCAUGGCGACGGACAGCCUGCAGAAGGUGGGGCCCAUGUACCGGCCCUUGGUGCUCUCAAGGGUGCUAGUGUGCGGGGACACCUCCAAGCUGCCCGGCUUCCCCGAGCGCAUCCAGGCUGAGCUCCGCGCCUCCAACCCAGGCAACAACAAGGUCAAGGUGCUCGCUGCCCCCCACAGGAAGAUCUCAUCCUGGGUUGGGGGCUCCAUCCUGACCUCCCUAAAGGGAUUCCAAUCUCUCUGGCUGAAGAAAGAGGAUUAUCUGGAGAAGGACGCCUGCUUGGCCCACUGCAAAUUCUUUUGA